AUUUUCUGUCUGAUUCACAAAAGAGAAAAGGGAAAGACAGAAAGAAUGGCCAAUCCCCUGCAACUGAAGUCAUUGAAUCAUAUCUCAUUGAUGUGUGGAUCAUUGGAGAAGUCCGUUGAUUUUUACGUGAACGUUCUUGGGUUCUCUCCUAUUAGGAGGCCUAGUUCGUUAGACUUCAAUGGUGCAUGGUUAUACAAUUAUGGCAUUGGCAUACACCUCCUUCAAUCAGAAGACCCAGAAGGCAUGCCCAAGAAUGUUCACAUUAAUCCUAAGGACAACCACAUUUCUUUCCAAUGUGAAAAUAUAGCAGCAGUGGAGAAUAGACUGAAGCAAAUGAAAAUAGAGUACGUGAAGAACAUAGUAGAGGAAAAUGGGAUCUAUGUUGAUCAGCUAUUCUUCCAUGACCCAGAUGGCUCGAUGAUUGAAAUCUGCAACUGUGACAACAUCCCGGUAGUACCUUUAUCAGAGGGGAAUGCGUGGUCUUGCUCGCGCUUCAAUUGCAACAUUCAAGAUCGGCAGCAGCAGAUUCAACAAAUGAUUCCAAUGUAG